GUUCCAGUUCAUCAAAUCAGUCCUCACUAUCUCCAGCUUUGUUAGCGAUGAUGUGGGAACUUAUACUGCCGCUGCAACUGCCACUUUCAACGGAAACAAUCUUGAUGUGACUAACUCCGUAGGAACCAAAGCUGAUCUCUCCAACAUUUUCCUAACCAACGGGGUCGGCAAAGAAGGAGAUGAUGUGACCAUGUAUUGCAUGUAUGAGGGUUCAGCUACCGUUAAUAUAUUCACAUACUACAAACGGGACAAUAGUGGUGACUGGAAGGAAGUGGAUAAAAGUUUAAUCAGGAUGCUGGUAACCUACUUAUCAGUGGACACACUGGUGUCCGCUAAAACAUUGACUGGGAUGAGCGCUGCCAAGAGUGGCAGUACCUUAGAGAUUCUAAACGUGGAUAACGACGAUGAAGGCUUGUACAAAUGUUCGAUUACUGAUAUAAACAGCAUAAGAACAGAUUCGAAACAAAGUAACCUGCAGCUGAUAUCUUGGAGCCUGCCGGAGAAUAAGAUGCUGGUGGAGACAGGAGAAACAGCCAUGAUAACCUGCACCUUCUCUGGACCUUCUGUCCCGGAGAUAGAGGGACGAACUUUCGUUAGCUCUGCUUUCUCUAGUGACGAAUAUGCUUUGCUGUAUUCUAAAGAUAGCUCAACCUCUACUUCUAACAGUUUAACUAGGAUUACAACAACAGCUGUGUUCUCCAAAGUGAUCACCAAGAAUGGGCCGUUCAAGUGCCACGCCACUUUCAAGGACGAAUCAAGCCCCGGAAUUCAAUCUGAACUUGGCAGUGGCCAGGUUGAAAUUCUAGCUGCUUCAAUCGAGCUGGGAACCCACCAAUCUUCCCUCCCUGUCUACGAGGGUGUUUCCUUCACCUUCAUCUGCCAAUACAGUUUCGAGACAGCAGGCACAGUGACCAUCUCCCCAUCUGCUGAUGAAACCGUCACAGACGAUGCCAGGGAGAAUUUCAUAACCACUGGUUUCAAAAACGGCCAGUUCGGAAAAAUAACCUCGACGAGUUUCACUGGACCCUACAUCUGCUCGGUGGAGAUCGAGGGGUACACUAUUUCCAAACAGCUGGAUCUAGAUAUAAUACCUAUACCUGCUGUUCCGAACCUGGAAGAAGUGAUUGUCAGUACAGCGACUAUGAUUGGCUGACCUGUACUGUUACGAGUGAUCUACCUCUCUUCAGCGUCUCCUGGUACACUAAGGAGGAUGGAAAAGAUCAAUAUGUUACCACCCACAGAACUGAGGAAGGAUACUCGAAGACAGGGGUGAGUGAGCGAAUUAAUGGUCUCGACUACUAUAAAGAUCGGGAGUUCACCUGCAAACAAACCAUCCAAUCUAGCUUUUACGCCUCUGAAGUCUCUUUCGUGGUGAAACGUGUAGUGGUCAAAGUUGGAGGUGUCCGAAAGUUCGGCGUAUCUUCAACUUCUCUGUACGUCGGGGACAAACUGACAGUAACGUGCAGUACUGAACAGGGCACUACAGCUCGUCUGUACCGCGGUUUCAGUGAGCAGUCCCUCAGUUCUACAUCUACCACUGACAAUGGAGUGAUUACCUACAAGUACGAGAAAUCGUCAGUAGAACUGGCUGACAUGGGAGACUACAACUGCGAGAUUAAGAAGGAGAACCGGUGGAAUGUCUACUUCGACCCUCAACAAGUUGAAAUCAGCAAACGCUGUGAGGACCUCGUGAACCCGAACUCAAACACCGCCUCCCUGAUCUGCUCUACAGAACUAAUAGAGACAGGCACCACGUGCACGUACACGUGCAGUGGAGACAACGCCAUGUCCAGUAUCUGGGAGGACAGUGUGACCACCACGUGCAGGGACACAGGGUACUGGUCCCACACCUAUCUUAGCUCACUCAGACUGGAGAUGCCUUCCUGUACAGCACGAAUCAUCCCGAUCACCUACAAAGCGGUGAUGGUAGUAACGUUCGGUGGCUUGACCUGCCCUCCAGACAGCUCUGAUGAAAUAUUCAACUUCAUAACCGAACAGAAGUUCCGGGAUCUUGACAUGAAAGGCUUUGAUAACACCCUAGUGAGCACUCAAAACUUCUACACUCAGGAGAAGUGCAAGAUUAAGUGGUUGAUAGAAUCAGAUGAGACAAAUGUGGCCCGAACUCCUGAUGACCUGCUCGAAGUAAGGACCGCUGAGAGAUCUGCUCUGUAUGGUAAUAAGAGGUUCACGGUAGAAGAAGAGGAGGAUGCUGAUGAGUCUGGGUUCCUUGUGGAAUGUCCGGCUGGGUCCGGAGUCAGUUCUGAAGAGCUCUAUUGCGUGCAAUGUGGAGUUGGAACUUACAGCACCAACCAGGACUGCGUGAGUUGUCCUGUUGGAUCCUACCAAGACCAGCCUGGUCAGUCCGUCUGUAAAUCCUGUUCUAACGGAAAGAGCACACUAAGUCCUGGCUCCACUUCUUGUCUAGAUGUGUGUGAGGUGGGAACAGUGAUGUUCGGAACAACAGAUCCUCCAGCCGGGUACCGAGUAGAAGCUAACACCAACAUCGUCACCACCUGUGACCAGGGCUACUUCAUCGGAACUAAGACUUCUGUUACUCACACAUGCGGCACUACUCAGUUCUGUUCAAGUGUGCUGAUGUUAUCAGGGUACGAAGGGUACGCCAGCAAGGGACACAGCUACAGUCUGACGUGUCAGUACACCACUGACGACACCUCUGCUCGGCUCACCUGGUACAGGGACAACAUCCUCCUCGAAAACACUGCUACUGACGUGACUGAUUCCCAGACUACCACAAGUGUGUUGGACGUAACAGUUGACAAUAGUGCGGAGUACUCUUGCAAACUCGGCUCCACUCUAGCUGACCACUCUCACGAAGUCACUGCUCUAGUAAAUGAUAUUGGUGUGAGCGCUACUCUAAUUGUUGGAAGCACCUACACUUUCACUUGUGCUGGGCAACAACCCGAGGGAGUGGAUCUUCCUCCUAGCAUUGCCGCUUUUAUCAACAACAAGCAGGUGUAUGAGGGAGACCUUUCUGAUGAUGGUCUGUCCCUGAAAGUUGAGUUCCAGGCUACUUCAGACAUCAGUAUCACGUGCGAGUUCAUCUACAUCCAGGUGGAUGAGGACGUGUUUGUUACUAAGGAAAACGGCAAUGGAUUCAACGUUAUAGGUGUUAUCAAAGAGCCCAGCCGAAAUAUGUUCAUUCCAGUAAACACCAACCACGAUAUCGAGUGCGAGAUGCACAAUGUUGACUCCAUCAGCAUCGUGAAGGUCAGCUCAGGUGGCACUGAAACUGUGGUGCAAACUACCCCUAACGGCGGUUCUGCCUCCUACACCCUGAACUCAAACACUCCGGAGACUGCUGACUACUACUGUCUCGGAACUAAAGAUGGUUACUCCGUGGAGACUUCCAGAUACACCUACACCGUGGUUAACACAAACGUGAUCUCGGGACCAACUGACCAGUACACUAUUGGGGAGAGUGUAAAGUUUGAGUGUCUGGUACCCGCUGGAACCACCGUCAGUUUUAAGAAAACAGACAACAACGCUUUGGACCUAUCAACCCAAACCUCGGAGAACAGUGGUGCUAACGGUAACACCCUCUUUACUCUGACCAUCUCAAAUCCCAUUGAAUCAGAUAACGGCGAGUAUUUCUGCGAAGGUAACAACGGCAGGAGCUCCGGUGCUAUGUUGAACUAUGUACGGAUCCUCUCAUCUCCUAAGGACCUGUACCGGGAUGAAGGACAAGCUGCUACGUUUGUUUGCAAAGCGUCAGGUUAUGUCAGUAUAAUGUGGACCACACCAACUGGUUUUCAAACCCCUGAUCACACCUUCGUGACAGAGACAGGUGACACCAUAGCAGAGCACAGUCUAACAGCGGAACAGGCAGGUAUCUAUUAUUGUGUGGCUGCAGAUAUUGUCAGCAGCAAGUCCGCUAAACUUGUGGUGAUGAAAGUACAGUUGAUCGUUCCUGACGCAGUGAAGUCCGGUGAGGAGGUUGAGAUCUCCUGCGUGGUAUUUGGAGAUCACGAUGGUGUUACUAUUUCUAACCAAGGACGAUUAUUGACCACUGAGACACCUCUCGAUGCGAUGAGCACCAUGGCCAAAGGAGGGGGUACCAAAUACUUCUCCAAAUACGAAGUCUCUCUAAGCUUAUUCACUGAGGGUGUUACUAACUUUGCUUGCACCGCCUACUACAACAACUUUGGAGACGUGCACAAAGAAGAAGGACAAUCCUACUUUGUUGGUUUCUACAAGCAACCAUCUGACAUCCUUCAUCUAGCCGGGACAUUUGAAAUCGUAGCUCAGGUGGGCUCCUCUCCUAAAGAUAACAUCGUGCUGGCUCUCUACGAUAGUGAGAACACUCAACAAGACACUAAGACUGCAUCUGGUGGCUUGAAGAGCGUGUCAAUUCCAUUGACACGCUCUGUAGCUAGUACCGGCAGGUAUUACUACGAGUUGAACGUGGGAGGUGAGACUAUAAAGUCUGAUCAGUUUACCAUCACCACCUACGGUGCACCCAUUGCUGGAAACUAUGAGAUUUAUUACCCAGGCAGCAAGAUAGAUUCUCUGACACUGAUUUGUGUCCUGAGGAUGCCUCUGGGGUCCCCUGUAACAUGGACUGAUGCUAACGGAGAUAAGCAGGGCUCUGACAACCCUCUCAUCAGCACCAAGUACUCAGGAAAUGAUCAGAUCAUGACGUCUACCUUCACAAUCUCCGCUCCUGGUACUGGUUACUCUUGUUCUGCCACCAUUCUCGAGACAAAAGUUACUGUUGGCUACAAGGUCUAUCUCCAGAACUAUGCUCUGGUUCCCGAAGACAAGAACAAUGUGUUCUAUGAUACUAUGAUCCAACUGAAGAGCUCACCCGCCUCUUUUAACCCAAGAGUCUUUGCUCCUGAUCAAACUGAGAUCGAUCUUAGUCAACCCUUGAAUUUGUAUGAAAGUAGAGACUUCACCUCUGAAUUAAUGUGGACUUGGGGAGACGAGGAAAGUUUAUUUAUUCAAAGCGAUACACUCAAUGUAGCAGGAAUUUACAUCGCUGAACCUACCAGUACAGGACUAGUUGCUGGAGAGGAUACCGAGCUGCAGUGCACGGCCACCCAAACAGCUGAUAUCUUCGCUAAGAAGAUUAAGUGGACAGUCCCUGAUGGAACCCUGACCUCCAACCAAAAAACACUAUCUUUGGGUUCAGACCCUAAUGCUGAUGUUUCCAAGACAACCGUUACAUGGAGAAACAGCUUAACGUCUGGUUCUACGGUUACGAUCACCUGCACUGUUGAUUUCUCUUUUAAGGAUGGGUCUCCUGAUGUUACGAAAGUAAGAACGAUCGUCGCCGCAAUAGACAAAAAGUGUUACGCCGUGUAUGAUCUUGAUGAUGGAGUUGUCACCGCAUCCGGAACCUCUAUCUUCCCCGGAGAAACUGCCUCUGUGAAGUGUAAUGACGGUUUCCAACUCUCCGGUCAGUCUGAAUACAGGUGUUCGGGAGGAGCGCUUUGGAGCUCUCCACCUAGAUGUGUAAGGAAGAAACUGCUGUGUCCUACCAUCGCCCCUAUCUCCGCUCUUGUCAAUUACGAUCACCCUGACCUUACUCUGCAAUGUGUUGGACACUUUUCUGCCUUUCAAGAUCCGCCUCGUCUUAGGUGUGAGGAUUAUGGCUGGAACCUACUGUCUGUAUCUAGCUCUGUAAGCUCAUUCCAGUUUUGCGGAGAAAAAAUCACUCCGUAUUCAAAGUCUGUGACUGUAACCGUUACUUACGGCAAUGGAGACCGAGACUGCGAUACUGAGGGAAAGAAGACGGCUGCUUUCCUGAGAUAUCAAGGAGAAGUAGAUCUGGAACUGACCGGAAUAACAGAAACUCUUGUUGGUUGCAACACUACUCCUGAUGGCUACGCGUUAUCUGUGAAAUACUCGGUAAACUACAUUAACCUUGCUAAACAUGAUUAUCUGGACUUGGAAGAUUUACAACAAAAGAUCACUAUAUCUGAUGGAGACAAUACCAAUAAACGAGCUGCUUCUUGGGAAUUUGAUUCAAUCGUAAUUGCUUGGGACUUGGAAUGCCCGCUGGGAGCUCCUGCUUUCAAGGAUCAGUGUGUUGAGUGUCCUGCGGGAUAUUUUUCGACCGGUACAGCGUGCGUAGCGUGUCCUAAGGGUGAAUACCAGUAUGAGGCAGGUAAAACCUACUGUAUAGCCUGUCCUGGUGAUGAGACUACCCCCGGAACUGCCUCUGCAAAGUCUGAUGAAUGUGGAGUUUCGUGCAGAGUCCCUAAUGUGAGCAACGGAUCCACUUACCCACUUGGAGACAGUACCAUAACAAAUGGUAUCGGAGUAACUGUUAAGUGUGACUCCAAUUUCUCUCCUCCAUAUGGUAGCGAUGACACGUUCUCUUGUGACCAGUUUGCAGCCUUGGACGAUCCUGAAGGCUUUUGUCACGAGGUCUGUUAUGUACCGGCAGCUAUGGUCUCAGAUAACCACUUGAGCAUAACAGCAGCCACCAGUUACAUUCCUGGGGAGACUUUCGAUGUCGAAUGUGUUGAAGGGUACACCCUUAAGAGCACAUCAAACCCCAACAUUGAGUAUAUCUCCUAUAGGUGUGACGACGGUGAGCUGAUGGAAACCUCAGCUGGUCUCUGUGAGAAGGACGGUCUGUCCGGUGGUUUGAUAGUUGUGAUUGUGAUCCUGGUCAUCAUCUUCCUCCUCAUUCUCUGUUGUAUCCCACUCUGCUGCUUCUACAUGAAGAAGAAAAAGGAGGAGGAAUAUCAAGAUAGUGAACAAGAUGUAGAGAUGAGGCCUGAGAGUGCCUUUAGUUGCAGCAAGCAUGUUAUUGUUAGGGGUAAAGACGACUCUGGAGCACAGAUUGGCAAUAGUAACCCCUUCAAGGUGUCCGGAUUCAACGACUACAUCAGAGGCAUGGCAAUCAAUAAAAACGAGGGCUUCAUCAAGGAAUUCAGGAGCAUCUGUGUGGGAAGUGACACAAAGAAGAUCGUAUCUCAGUUAACGGAGAAUUACGAUAAGAACAGAUAUGGAACCAUCACAACAUAUGACCACUCCCGAGUCAGACUCCUGAAGAUAAACAACGAUCUCAACUCUGACUAUAUCAACGCCAGUUACAUAAACGGAUACGUCACCCCGAAUGCUUACAUCGCCACUCAAGGUCCUCUAGAUAACACAGUGAACGACUUCUGGAGGAUGGUAUGGGAGCAGAACGUCUCCUCUGUGGUGAUGCUGACAAACCUAGAACAAGGCGGCCAGAAGAAGAGCGUCAAGUACUGGCCUGAUGAAUCUGUGGAGCAGUACGGAGUUGUUAAAGUCACCAAACAGUCUGAGAACAAGUUCCCAGGAUUCCUGGUCAGAGAGCUCAAGUUAGAAGUGGAGGGAUCCACCAGGACCGUCCUGCAGUUCCACUACACAGAGUGGCCCGAUGUAGGGUACCCAGUGGAAGUCAAGUUCCUUACCUUCCUCUACUACAUCAGAUACAUGAGACAGGACUCCAAGAAGCCGCUAGUCGUGCACUGCAGUGCUGGCGCUGGGUGGACUGGAGUCUUCGUCGGUAUGGACUUUACACUGGACCGACUAACUAAAGAGGACACUAUUGAUGUGCUGGGAUGUGUAAACAGUAUGAGACAGCAGAGGUCCGCUAUGGUUCAGAACGAGCCUCAAUACAUUUACCUUCACAAACUCCUGCUAGACUCUGUCAACAGUUCCAACUUCAACCGACUCAGAGCUAAUCGAUUUAGAUCAAAUCUGGAGGGUGCUAUAUUCGUUAACGAAGGAGCGAAUGGAAUUAACGAGUACGAAGCUGGAAUUUGAGAGUUGCCAGCCCCAGUCUCUCUUGACUUAGCACACUUUAGCUCAAAACCGUGACCCCGGUAGACCUCCGGUGAAAUAUAAUGGACACACCCGCGACUCAAUAAGUAGAAACUUGACAAAAAGUACGUGUCAUAGAGCGAGCAACAAAACAAGUAGAAAUUGUUGUUGCCGGACUUCUCAGAGUUUUAUUAUUUGUAUGAUAGUUUUAGUUGUAGCUUCUUUUUUGUUGAAGAAGAAAAUGAAUUUGUGUGUUUAUUUUUUAGUGUAUAAUACAGUUUAAUAUGAUACGAUGUCUUUUAUAUUAUCAUUUUCAGAAGUGAAUAGUACUGUAAUUAUUGCAUUUAAAUUAUUUAUUGCUUUAACUAAGUUUUAUAUAUGUAUAACGGGUUGAACUUUGUAAAUUAUCAUUAACUUAACCAGGAAGAUGUAUUAUAUCUACAACCAGAGAUGUUUUUCUACGUAUGUUAAAGUGUUAUGUGAACUGUUAGAUAACCACGGUAACAAUUAACUAAACGUCCCCGGAUGGUUACUGUAUUGAUGAUAUUAGAUUCUAGAUUUCCAACA